AGAAUAUAAUGUCCCAUUUAUUGGCCAUACUUUUAAUCCCGAAUUGGAUAAGUUUCCUAGGCGCCGUUACUUCGGACGGCUCCGAAAUUCGGGGUCCCGACUACGCUAUAGCAAGACUAUUAGGUACUAUUUGCCGAGGCAGGCUUAAGCCUUCGGCUACAAGCUUGGCAGAUACAUACUACGACCGCGGAUACUGGAGGUAAUCGCAUACAAGCGUCAUUCGAACUCCCGUCUUCCCGAGAGGGUGAACUCUAAAGCUAUAAUCUUGUCUCAUCUCACUACUCGUUAUCAUUUCAACUGUUUUUGAAUGUGUUUAUACCCCGCUAUUAUACGAGACUGACUGCUCAAAAUGCCUCUCGCUACGCCGUCGUUGUUCCCUCCGGAAUCACAUGUGUUUUCUAAGUUCCCAAGCCGGCGAAGUGUAGUCCAUAGUACGAAAGGUAUCGUAUCGUGUACACAACCCCUCGCGGCGAAAUGUGGUAUCCAAGUCUUGGAAGCUGGGGGUAACUGUGCUGAUGCGGCUGUGGCCGUCGCUGCUGGGCUCAACAUGACGGAGCCAUGUUCCACGGGAAUAGGUGGCGACAUGUUCUGUCUCUUUUAUGACGCCAAGACAAAAAAAGUCUCAGCAUUAAACGGCUCUGGCCGCUCGGGCAACAAGUGCACGCUCGAGACGAUUCGCAAGUCGCUGGGAAUCAAAGAUGGCGAAUGUGGUAAGAUCCCCAUGAGCAGUGUGCAUGCCGUCUCCGUGCCCGGCGCCGCGGCCGGGUGGUACGACACAAUCCAGCGCUUUGGUAGCGGGAAGUUGUCCUUAGAACAGGUCCUAGCACCAGCCAUCGAACUUGGAGAAAAAGGCUUUCCCGUCUCAGAAGGAGUUGCGUACUUUUGGGAUAAAUCAGAAGUACAAAUAAGGGGAGCAUCUCCAAAUGGUGGUGAAAUGCUUAAGAAGGAUCCCGGAGCGCACAAUGGCGUGCGUGCUCCUCGGGCAGGGGAAAUCAUGAAGAACCCGAAUUUGGCCCAGACGUUCCGGGCCUUAGCUACGGAAGGCAAGAAGGGAUUCUACACCGGCCGUGUAGCAUCAGAACUUGUUAAAGUAGUACAAGAUCUCGGUGGAUAUCUUGAACUUGAAGACCUAACUCACCAUCUCGAAACGGGCAGUGAGCCUGUUGAGCCUAUCUCGCUGAAGUUUCGGGGACAAAAUGUCCGCGAGUUUCUUAAAGACAAGGUUAUCGGCGGAGAUGAGGGACAGGACGUUGGUCUUGAGCUGUGGGAACACCCGCCUAAUGGACAGGGCAUUGUGGCGCCGAUGGCGCUGGGUAUUGUCCAGGAACUUGAAGCCGCGGGUAAGAUCCCGACGUGGGGUCCCGCAGACUUCAACACAGCACCGUAUCUACAUACUAUCAUCGAAGCACUACGAAUUGCCUUUGCCGACGCAAGCUGGUUCGUUACCGACCCUAACGUUACCAAGGUACCUACACCCGGACUGCUCUCACAGCCGUACCUCGCGGAACGCGCCGCAUUAUUCAACACGGAUAAGGCAUCCCAGGUAGUGGACCACGGGUCGCCAGCGUUGCAAAGCAGCGACACGGUAUACUUCGCAGUAUCCGAUGCCGAAGGAAACGCCAUCUCGUUCAUCAACAGCAACUACGGUGGAUUCGGGACGUGUAUCGUGCCCAAGGGAUGCGGGUUUACGUUACAGAACCGAGCGGCCAACUUCUCGCUUGACGCAGCACACCCGAACGUUCUAGAGCCGCGCAAGCGCCCGUACCAUACCAUCAUCCCGGCUGCGGUAACUAACCUGCACGACGGCAGCCUGCAUAGCGUAUUUGGCGUCAUGGGCGGGUUUAUGCAGCCCCAAGGGCAUGUGCAAGUGCUCCUAGGACAAAUCGUCGGCCAUCUCAGCCCACAGCAAGCACUCGACGCGCCACGCGUGUGCAUCGGCUCUGGUAUGAGUCAAGGUGGCAAGGCAGACCUGACCGUAUUCGUGGAGGAGGGUAUGCCUUCCGAGACGGUAGAGGGUCUGCGGAAGCUAGGACACCAGGUUGAAGUUGUGACGGAUGUGGAGAGGGCGCAGUUCGGACGCGGUCAGAUCAUCCGCUGGAGCAUUGACCCCGUUGAGAAUGUGGGAGUGUGGUCCGCGGGCAGCGAUCCGCGGGGAGAUGGCGGGGCGUAUCCAUUAUAAAAGCGUGUAUAGCUGAAUUAUACCACCAAGCUUUAUGUUUAGCUCAUGAACAGAAUGAGAUAUUGUCUUGAGAGUAUUUCUCAUGCUGGUCUUAGGAUGACUGCUAGGGUGCUUAUAUUGGUGUUACGAGGUACUACUAAACCGUGCUUUGUGCUGUUACUCGCUGAAGUGACUGUAUUUAUUAUAUUAUCUUGAGAUAUCGUGGAUAUACGUCGUCAAUUGGUCAUAGGAUAUCGUAUUGGAUAGCUCCAGCUUGACCAAGUGUUCCCGCAUUAAAUACACACCGACGUCUAUAUAUGCAUA